CAGCUGCUGUACCAAGCAGUGGGCUUGUCAUGGGUACCGAGUAACCAAGAACGGCGUAAACUUUUCAUUUGGAAGAUCGAUCGCAUUUCAUUUGACAGCCAAACACAAAUCGAUACCAUGCUUAGACGGAUACUUCAAAUGACUCCUGGGAAAGGAGGCUCUCAGAACUCUGAGUCAGACCAGCCCAGUGCAGACUUCAACAAUGACCAGACCUCUGAGGGGUUCAUCUGUCCCCAGUGCAUGAAGUCCCACAACUCAGCAGAGGAGCUAUUCAAGCACUAUGAGCUGUACCAUGAUUCAGGAGACCAGCCCUCACACAUGGGCCCUGGCCGUGAAGACCUUGUGCUUCUCCGGCAAGAGUUGCAAGAACUGCAGACUUCGCUCAAGGAGGAGAAAUGGUUCUCUGCGGAGUUGAAGAAGGAACUAGACAAAGUGCAAGGACACCUGAAGCAAGGUCCACAGAAUGAUGGCCAGACAGGAUUAGAGGAUUCUGCCAUGGCGAUUAAGCUGAACGAGGCGGAGACAGAGACGUUCAACAUCAAGCAGAUGAAAGACCUGUUUGAGCAGAAGGCUGCCCAGCUGGCCACAGAUAUUGUGGAUGUGAAGUCUCGUUAUGAUGAGGAGAAGAGCCUGAGGGAGGAUGCAGACCAGAGGCUGGUGAACCUGAGCCAGGAGCUGCAGAGAGAGAGGCAGGACAAGGACCGGCUCCACACUGAACUGCUGCAGCGGCCAGGAGUGGAGGACGUGGAGCUACUGCAGAAGGAGCUGAUUCAGGUGCAGACGUUGAUGGACAGGAUGACACGUGAGAGGGAGGAGGAGUCCGAACACCUCAAGAGCAAAUAUGAGCAGCUGCAGGCUGACCACACCAGCUCAGAGAUGACCAUCUCCCAGCUGAAGGCAGAGCUAGAGAAGGGACCUCAGGAGGCAGCUGUGUACACCCAGCAGAUUCACCAACUCCAGAGCUCUCUGAACAACCUGCAGCAACAGAGCCAGAUGCUUUCAGAGAAGCUGCUGCGCAGGGAGAAGGAGUUUCAGGAGCUGGAGGAAGGCCUGAGGACCGAGCAGGUCUCCAAGAAGACAGCCCAGGCCAGCCUGCACCAGAGGGAGCUGGAGGUGCAAGAGCUCCAGGCCCGGGCAGUGAGUGCCGAGGCCAGCCUGCAGAGAGCCCAGGCAGAGCUGGGGGAGGAAGCCGGGAGGCUCCGAAGGGAGUUGGCUGAGCUAGAGGCCAAGCACAGGGAGGUGAAGACUGAGAGGAAGCAGCUGCAGCAGCAGAGGGAGGAGAGGGAGAGCCAAGGCCUGGCGCAGCAGGGUGAGAUCUGCCAGCUGCAUGCUAAGCUGCUGGAGGCGGAGCGGCAGCUGGGGGAGGUGCAGGGCCGUCUGAAGGAGCAGAGGCAGCUCUCUGGGGAGAAACUAAAGGACCGCGAGCAACAAGCCGCCGACCUGCAGAUCAAACUGUCCCGCUCAGAGGAACAGUUGAAGGAGAACAGCAGUAAGACAUUGGACCUGCAGCACCAGCUAGAGAAAGCUAAGCAGCAACACCAGGAGCUCCAGGGCCUGCAGCAGAACACCAACACCAAGCUCAGAGAGGCACAGAAUGACCUGGAGCAGGUGCUGCGUCAGAUCGGGGACAAGGACCAGAAGAUCCAGAACCUGGAGGCCCUGCUGCAGAAGACCAAGGACAGCGUGAGUCAGCUGGAGGCCGAGAGGGAGGACCUGGUGGCCAAGAUCCAGGCCGGGGAAGGAGAGACUGCUGUGCUCAACCAGCUUCAGGAGAAGAACCACACACUACAGACGCAGGUCACACACCUGACAGACAAGCUGAAGAACCAAUCGGAGAGCCACAAGCAGGCCCAGGACAACCUCCACAAGCAGGUGCAGGAGCAGAAGACCCUUCUGCGGGCGACACAGGACCAAGCCCAGGCUGUGGAGACCUCUAUAAAGGAAGUGAACACCCAGCUGACCGAGAGCAGGGAGAAGGUGGCCCAACUGGACACACAGUUGAAGGCUAAGACCGAGAUGCUGCUGUCGGCCGAGGCAGCCAAGGCAACCCAGAGAGUAGACCUGGAGAACCACCUGGAUACAGCCCAGCAUGCACUGCAGGACAAGCAGCAGGAGCUGAGUAAGAGCCUGGCGUGUGUGGAGGAGCAGGGCCGGAGGCUGCAGGCGAGACAGGAGCAGUGUGGCCAGCUGGAGGCCAGUCUGAAGGAGAUCAAAGACGAACUACUGAUCUCAGAACAGCGCUUAGAGCAGCUGGAGGUGCGGGCCAAGAAAGCGGAGGCGGAGGGGGUGGAGCUGCGUGCUGACAGGAAGCAGGCCCAGCAGGAAGUGCAGAAGCUCCAGAAGCAGGAGUCGGAGGUCAAGGGAAAGCUGAAGGAGCUGGGUUGCCUAUUGGAGACUGAGAAGUCUGGAGCUGCUGAGUUACAGGUGGAGCUGAAGAGAAAAACCUCCUCCCUGAGUGACACGCGACAGCAGCUGGAGCAAUGUGAGCAGGAGAAAACCUCCCUCCAGGCCAACUUGGACAAGCUAGCCCAGGAGGGGCAGGCGCAGCAGGCAGAGCUGGACAGGAAAGUCCAGGGCUUGGCCAGAGAGCUCCAGACGGCCCAGCAGGAGAAGGAGGCCCAGGGGAAAGAGCUGGUGGCGGUCAAGGAUGGCCUGGCUAAGGCCUCCAAAGCCAUGAAGGACAGCCAGAUCCAGCUGGACAAGGAGAGGAAGAGCAGCAAGGCAGUUCUGGAGGAGAAGGAGAAGUCCCAUGAGAAGGCCAGACGAGAGCUGCUGAAGGCCACAGAGGCCACCACCAAGGAGAUGGCAGAGGUCAAAGGGCAGCUGGAUAAGAUCAGAGAGGUAGAAAAGGGGCUGAAUAUGCAGCUGACUGCAUUAACAGAGCAACACACCAAGACCCAGGAGGCCCUGAAAGAGAAGGAGAAGGGGGUGCAGCAGCUCCAGGCACAGCUGACGACAGCCCAGGGGUCCUUCAGCCAGGAAAAGAAGAAGCUGGAAAGCCAAGUGACCGAGCUGCAAGGAUCACAUGCCAAGAAGGCUGAGGAGGAGGGUCAUCUGAGGCAACAGGUGUCAGGCCUCGGCCAGGAUUUGAUCUCUGAGAGGAUCAGGACCACUGCGCUUCAGGAGGUUCUAGAGCAGAGUCAGCAAGGCCUGGUCAAGCUGCAGUCUGACUACUAUGGCAAGGAGUCAGAGUUGUCAUCUCUCAGACAGGACCUCAAGGCGUCUGAGGAGAGGCUGACCCUGUCCCAGGAGGAGUUAUCUGCUAACCGGAUCCAGCUGACUGGUCUGGAGGGGCAGGUGCAGGCGGUAAAGGCUGCCAGGGCCUCCCUGGAGCAGGAGCUGGCUAAACGGGACCAGAAGCUUGGCCAGCAGGAGACGGCCCUCAAUGACUUGCAGAAACAACAGGGUAUGACGCAGGAGGAGCUGCAGAAGGAGAGGAGCAGAGCAGAGGAGCUGAGCCAGACUAAGGCUGCCCUGGAGAAGGACACAACCAGACUGGGCUCUGAGCUGAAGGCACUCGGGGAGAGGAGUGACAAGGAGUUGAUGGAGCUGCGGGAAGCCAAACAACUGUUGAUCCAGCAGAAGCUGGAGAUGCAGGGCCGGGUGGAAGAGGUGCAGGCAGCCCUGGAGCAGGAGAAGACCCUGCACCAGGCCACCAGAGACGGUGUUACCCAGAGAGAGGAGAAGCUACGGGCAGAGACCCAGGAGAUCCAGGCCCAGCUGGCAUCAGAGCGUAAUGCUCAUGAGGGGCAGGCGAAGCGGGGAGAGGAGGCGGAGGCGCGGCUGGGCCUGCAGGUGACGGCGCUCAACGAGAACGUGGCCACGCUGAAGAGGGAGUGGCAGGGGAGUCAGCGGCACUGCGGCGAGCUGGAGAAGCAGACGGAUGAACUGCGGGGCGAGAUCGCUGUGCUGGAGGCCACUGUGCAGAACAACCAGGACGAGAGGCGCGCGCUGCUGGAGAGGUGUGUGAAGGGUGAGGGGGAGAUGGAGAAACUGCAGGCCAAAGUAGUGGAGAUGAGGAGGAAACUGGAUGAUACGACAGCUGCCAUGCAGGAGCUGGGCAGAGAAAACCAGUCACUACAGAUAAAGCAGUCACAGUCUCUGACCAGGAAGUGGGCAGAGGACCACGAGGUACAGAACUGCAUGGACUGUGGGAAGGGCUUCUCUCUCGCCAUUAGGAAGCACCACUGCAGACACUGUGGCAACAUCUUCUGUGCAGAGUGCUCCGCCAAGAACGCCCUCAUACCCUCAUCCAAGAAGCCUGUGCGGGUUUGUGAAACAUGCUUCGAAGAUCUCCAGGCCUGACACCCCCCCCCCCCAGUAGCCCAGCAACAGCAUGUCUCAUGAUGUCCAUUUUUUAUGUGCAUUCAUCUGGACUGAGGAACCAACACCAGUCUGUCUCUCUGUGAACCCCAUUGGACCAUGUGAAGCAAACAUACCUACUGAGCUUUGGAGAGGAGUAACCUGGUGAUGGGAGUGCAGAAGAAGUGACCAGUCACUAUAGGUGCCGAUGGAGGUCACACAAGAUGGGAACAUAAUGAAAGAAGCACUGCAGACAUUUCUGAGCUAUGUGAUGGAAUAGGCCACAUCUGUAUAGUGCCUUUGCUGCUCCUGACCUGAAGUCGACAUGUCAGUCGGUCGGACAGAGUAUGGUAACAGGGAGAGCUCAACAGCACCAUCCAUUACUCCACACAUCUAGCUAGAACGGCGGCCAUCUUGGUUUGGCAUUGUUUUCAUCUUGAGCAUUAACAAGACAGUUGACUGUAAGUUGGGUCUUGAAGGGUUGUACCGACUAACGGGUUAAGUUAACGAAAGGAUAUAGUUACCUUGAAAGGUGGAAAGCAGUGGUUCUUUGUUUUAGAAGUAUCUUGUUCACGACCAAAGAAUGUCUAACUGGAGGAGUCCAACAGUCCUGAGAGAUGGCCAUGAUAUGAAGCUAAAUGGAAUGCCUGGAUUUUUCAUACCUUUUAUUUCUUUUCAAUUACUUUUUAAAUCUAGCUGAAAGCUUUGACUCAUAAGGUCAUACAUUUUUAUCAAGAAUUCAGACAUGCUUGAUAUACAUCAGAAUGUUUCAUUUUUUUUUCAAUGCUGCUCAUAUAUCUACAAAAUGGAAAUGACUUGUUUUUGUUUUUCACUGUCCACGUGGUUGGUUGCAUGUGCUUUUUCUGUCGCCUGUAUCCCAUUCAACAUCAUGACUACUGCAGGGGCUGUGUGUGCUCUGCUUUGAAGCAGCAGCAAUAACUGUCCACGUGUAUCUGGUGUGUGUGUGUGUAUGUGGUGCUUUAGGAAUGAAUGUGUAUCAGUAUGUGUAGGGGCUGCAGUGUUGUCAGUCUGCAUGGUGACUGUUUAAACCUUCUCUUUAAGACACUUUUGUACAUGUCAAUGUUGAUUUACACUAAUUGCUAACUCUUUACAACCCGUCAAAAACAGCACUGAUAACACUUUUAAAAAAUCUGGUCCUCAUUCAAGUAUUUUUUUGGUGAUUCUCAUGAAACUAGUCAUCUGUAGCAAAUAUCAACUAUCAUUCUGAAGACAAAGUCCAGUUUUUGGCAGUCUUAUUUGAAAUAGUUUUCACCCCAAAUUCUCAUUACCGAAAUGCAUCUGUAUUCAAUUCUGAGGUAAUUUUAUACUAGUUGAAGUGGACAUGUUUCAUUACCAUAACACUUAAGUUUCUGUAAAAACUCUUAAAUGUUUUUAAAUAAACUUUUAUUCACUCAUGAUGCAUCAUCUUAAGCAGGGUUUCCCAAAGUCGGUCCUGGGGCCACGCCCCGGGUGCACGUUUUGGUUUUUGUCCUAGCACUAUACAGCUGAUUUGAAAUAAUCAAAGCAAACGAGCUCCCAGAAAAAUCAGAACCAUUACCUUAAACAUGUAGGCAUGAAUGGGCUUUAGUGAUGUGGUCAAUUGUUUGAUGACUCAUAAUGGCUAAGGGCCUCAUUACCAAAACAAAUGUCUCAAUAAAUAUGGGGUGUAAAAACCCUGUUUAAAUUACUUUUAAGCCACGAUCAUCAGUUUGUGUUUCAGCAAAGAGCAACCCCACCACAAAGGAGAAUAUCCCCAAUUUUGACGUGUUCCUGUUUUUCACACUUACCUAUACUGUUGUUUAAUAUCCCAAGACAGUUGUCGUUGCACGUUUUUAGAUGCUUUAUAGGCAUAUUGUGUUAUGCCGUUUGCCCAUAGGAUCCCAUUCAAUCCAAAGAUACAUCUUUAAUAAAAUGUACAACCACAAAUAUCCACGUCCAAAUACACCAAUAUUACCUGUAAAAGACCUUGGAGAAGUAUUUUUUUGCAGUUACGUUUAAGUCCGCUUUUGAAAAUGCAUGCAUAUAAUUACAGUACUUAUAUUGAAAUAAGUGCUAUUUUAGUACUAUGCAAGGAUUAUUUGGGAUUAACAAAUGAUGAAACUGAUUUGUUGGGUUACUGAAUCUCUGGUAGAGAUCAGUACAGGUUUUUCAAUGGCAAAUUAUGCAACACUAAUUUCCGAAACGCGGAAAUAUUAGGACACAUUUAUGCAAUUGUGUCUUAAUCUGAUGUGUACGUAAAAGAAAUAAAACAAUUUGAAUGUAUACAAAAUGUAUUGAUUCAAAAAGGUUGUUACUGUAAUAUUUCCCGAAAUACAUUUUAAAUGUUUAACUCAGGCCUUUUCAUUAGCGAAGCAAUGGUAAAAAUAUUAUACAUUUAUUUGUUUUACUUUUUGGGAGUUUAAAAAGUGUUGCGGUAAUGAAAAUUGUUGCAUUGGUAGUUGUAAAACGCAUUAUCUGAUCAAAAAACAAGACUAAUUAUGAGAUAGGAAAGUACAUGUCCUCUUGGAUCACCGAGAUUAGGAUAUUUAUUUUUUAAAUGUCAGUUUCAUGAGAAUGACCUUAACAGUGCCUUCAGAAAGUAUUCACACCCCUUGGGAUUUUCCACAUUUUGUUGUGUUAUAAAGUGGGUUUAAAAUAUUUAUUUGUAUUUUUUUGUCAACGAUCUGUCAAAGUGGAAGUAAAAUUCUAACGUAUGUAAAAACAA